AUGGCCAGCAACGACGCCUCCAAUGGUAGAAACCACCCGGGCAAGCCACCUCUUCCCGUUCGACAACAGCAGUUUGGAAAGCCCCAUGCACGACAGGCUCAGCCAGCACCGCGUAAGCAAGCUCAGGGAAUCGGAAAGAUUCCGAGAUUGGCGCCUCGAAAGGCGCCUGGUCCUGACACCCUUCUCAAGACUUUGCCCAAAGUCGAGAAUGAUGCGAACAGCGCAGAAGACUCGCAGCCUUUCCUGUUCCACAACAGACAGUACAAGGUCGUUACGAAGGUCGAGAGCUUUGAUCACCCGAAAUUCAAGUGCAACACGAUCGUCAUGGCUGAGUUCUUCUUGGUGCCCAGCGACUUCGAAGGCGACAUACCCUUAGGCACCAAGAAUGCUGGACGGCAAAUAGAGUACCCCCUCCAACACGCUCAACUCGGCAGUCGACUCACCGAACUUCAAGUAACGAUGAAGCACAUCUACGCUUCGAAGACAGGAGAACGUCGACCGCCCUUUGCCGCUCACACCGCCGAAUUCACCGCAGACAAAUUACACAUCAUCACAGAGUUCGAGUGUGACCGCCAAUACUGGGGAACUGGUCUUGCACAAAUUGCAAUGGCGGGCUAUGAGCGCGCAAUGCUGAAGCUUCCACAGGCUGCAGGUCUACAGACGAUGAUCCUCUCUCCCGCACCCUUGACUGACGUGCUCGACAAGGUCCAGAAUCCUCAUCCAGAGCAUGAGAUCGUGAAGCGGCUCAUCAAGUCGUACGCGAAAUCGAAGUACGAGGUUUGGUCGAUGCCACCUGCGAAUCUGGACGCUGGGAUCGUCAUCAUGGGAAAAACGCUUGCAGAGGACGCGGAAGACGCAGGACCCGUGCAGGGUCCUCUCCCGCGCUACGAAGGGAGGCUCAUCACUCGCGGCUACCUAUGCCGGACCUCGUCAGAUCGUAAACUGGCUGUCUACGAGACUGGCAUUGGUCGCAAAGGCACGACCUGGAAGCAGAGUAACUUCCAGGCGGCCGCUACCCAGAGCAGCUCGCACGUUGUUCGUAAGAUCUUCGCCGAGAGCAGCACGCGGUACAUGAUCGCAGUGCACCCUCCUGUGUGGGUCAGGAAGACCAGGGUGUCGCAGGCCGUUAUCUCCGGGUGGGAAAAGCAAAAGCGGGAUCAGUGGGAGAGACGCGAAUCCCGCAGAAGCACUAGCCCGGAGCCGGAGUUGACGAUCUGA